AUGACUAAGCGUGAUCUGAACAUGAACAAUCAUGGUGACAAUGUGCGACACCAAGAUGUACUGGAUCUUCUGGGACCAGGUGUCCAGCGACCCGAUCAAAACGUAGAAGAACCAGUAGAAGAAGAACGAGAGUCCGGUGAUCUCGAAAUACCACAGCCAAGCGGCUUUCCCGCGAGGAGCCUUGUUGGUGAGCAGGUACUCCCACGAAAGCCGGUACAGGUUGAAUCUGCCGAAACACAAGAUUGGGUAGUAGAGAUGGUUUUGGAACUGGACCAGGAACUUGGCAAAACUGUCGAACCAGAGCGUUUUCUCGUAGUAGGUGGAGUAGACGUUGCCGAGCAGCCGCGAGCUGACUGCGAAGAACGGCAGAUGCUGGAUGUCUGGGUCGUGGACCGGGUCGUUUGUGAUGAGAUGGUGCACGUUGUGGUUUCUUUUCCACCAGCCAAGAGACAGUCCACCCAUCCAGUCGGCGAUGAGGAUUCCAAUGAAGUUGUCGAUGUGGUAGUUAUGGGUGAUGGCGAGAUGGCCUGCAUCGUGCGCGAUGAACGUGAGCUGCUGCCAAAAUAG